UACGAAUUUUACUAUUAUUAUUAUUUUUGAGUAAUCAUCGUAUGUAUAUUAUAUGUAUAAUUGUAAUAUGUUUAUCGGUUUCAGGCGACGUAUUCGUGUUGUUUCGGACUGUACCAUUUGUCGUCGAACCCGGACGUUAGGGAGAAAAUGUUCGAUGAGUCGCGUGCCCUGCUACCAGACAACCACACACCAGUCACCGAUAGGGUGUUGGAGCGGGCCGUGUACGCGAAAGCGGUCGUCAAGGAGAUGUUCCGUAUGAAUCCGAUAUCGGUGGGCGUCGGCCGGAUACUGCCCGAGGAAUGCGUGUUUUCCGGGUACAGAGUCCCGGCAGGAACGGUCGUCGUCACGCAAAACCAGGUGAGCUGCCGCCUGGAAGAAUACUUCCGGCGACCCAACGAAUUUGUGCCAGAGAGAUGGAUAAAGGGAAGCGCCGAAUACGAACCGGUCAGUCCGUAUUUGGUUUUACCUUUCGGUCACGGACCUAGGACGUGCAUAGCGAGACGUUUGUCUGAACAAUUCCUACAGGUCGUACUGAUAAAAAUCGUCAGAAACUUUGAGAUGACAUGGACGGGACCAAAGCUGGACAGUGAAUCAUUAUUGAUAAACAAACCGGACGGACCGAUAUCUAUAAUAUUCAAGACCAGAGACUGAACAAUAUAAUAUUUCAAUUGUAAUCCCUUCACUUGAUAUAAAAACAAGUACCUACCUUCCCAACGAGUUAUAAUUUAUAUAUGAUGUGUUUUGAUAUUAAAAUGCAGCUCGAAAACGUUUAGAAUAA